GGGAGAGACCUCAGGAGUACAUGAAGCCGACUGUUAACUUCAGGCUCUGUUCACCACACAAAGUCGGUCUGCGUUAGGUAACGAUGAGUACAUCGGAGUCCUUGGAUCGAAUGGAACUCUGUGAAAGCCUCUUGACAUGGAUCCAAACAUUUGGAGUGGAGGCUCCAUGCAAGACAGUAGAAGACUUGACGAGUGGUAUCGUCAUGGCCCAAGCUCUGCAGAAAAUAGAUGUGGUGUAUUUUAAUGACGCUUGGAUUAGUAGAAUCAAGCCAGAGGUCGGGGACAAUUGGAGGUUGAAGAUCAGCAAUCUAAAGAAAAUCCUGAAAGGCAUCCUUGACUAUAACCAGGAGGUGCUGGGUCAGCACAUUAACGACUUCACCUUACCUGAUGUUAACCUCAUUGGAGAACACUCCGACGCAGCAGAACUUGGGAGGAUGCUACAGCUUAUACUGGGCUGUGCUGUCAACUGUGAACAGAAGCAAGAAUACAUCCAGACCAUAAUGAUGAUGGAGGAAUCAGUGCAGCAUGUUGUCAUGACAGCCAUCCAAGAGCUGAUGAGUAAAGAGACUCCAGUGACGGGAGGAAAUGACUCAUAUGUGGAUCUAGACAGACAGCUGAAGAAGACGGUAGAGGAGCUGAAUGAUGCUUUGGCUACCAAGGAAGAGAUCUCCCAGAGGUGUCGAGAGCUUGAUAUGCAGGUGGCAGCUCUGCAAGAGGAGAAGAGCAGUUUGCUUGCAGAAAACCAGGUCCUAAUGGAGAGACUUAACCAGUCUGACUCCAUAGAGGAUAUAAACAGCCCUGCUGGACGCAGACACCUCCAGCUGCAGACACAACUGGAGCAACUGCAGGAAGAAACUUUCAGGUUGGAGGCGGCGAAAGAUGACUACCGGAUUCGUUGUGAAGAGCUUGAAAAAGAGCUCUUGGAUGUGAAGUCGCAGAAUGAAGACCUCACGUCACUGGCGGAUGAAGCCCAGUCUCUCAAAGAUGAGAUGGAUGUCCUCAGGCAUUCAUCGGACAAAGUGUCAAAGCUGGAGGGCACAGUGGAACACUACAAGAAGAAACUGGAGGACAUGGGACUUCUCAGGAGACAGAAUAAGCUAAUGGAGGAGAAGAACACAGUGCUAAUGCAGACCAAUGUCGGUUUGGAAGAAGAGCUACGAAAGGCGAAUGCUACCAAGGGCCAGCUGGAGACAUACAAGAGACAGGUGGUCGAGCUUCAGAACAGACUGUCUGAAGAGUCGAAAAAGGCUGACAAGAUGGAGUUUGAGUACAAACGUGUCAAAGAGAAGGUGGACUCGCUACAAAAAGAAAAAGAUCGUAUGCGAACGGAGAGAGACUCUCUUAAGGAGACUAUUGAGGAGCUACAUUGUGUUCAAGCACAGGAGGGACAGCUUACAUCAGGUUUGUUCCCCUUGGCCAGCAACGACGGCUCUGAUUCACUGGCUGCUGAGAUCACCACCCCAGAGAUACGAGAACAUUUGAUUCGUCUUCAGCAUGAGAACAAGAUGUUAAAGCUGGCCCAGGAAGGAUCAGACAAUGAGAAGAUUGCACUGUUGCAGAGUCUACUGGAGGAUGCCAACAGGAGAAAAAAUGAACUGGAGACAGAGAACAGGCUAAUCAAUCAGCGCCUGAUGGAGGAACAGAGUCAGGUAGAGGAGCUACAAAAGAAUCUUCAAGAACAGGGUUCCAAAGCAGAUGAUACUAUAUCUUCCAUUCUGAAGAAGAAAUAUGAGGAGCACAUGGAGAAGCUGCGAGACCUGAACAAUGAGUUACUGAAGAAAAAUUCCUUCAUCGACGAGAUGGAGCCUAAAUACAGUGCCAGCUGCCAACGAGUGGAUGAGCUGGAAGAGGCGUUGAAAAAGAAAGAUGACGAUAUGAAACAGAUGGAGGAGAGAUAUAAGAAGUACUUGGAAAAAGCCAAGAGUGUAAUCCGGACCCUGGACCCCAAACAGAACCAGGGUUCAGGUCCAGAGGUCCAGGCCCUGAAGAACCAGCUGCAGGAGAAGGAGAGGAUGUUGCACUCAUUGGAGAAAGAGAUGGACAAGACAAAAGGCCAGAGAGAUUACGAGGAGAAACUGAUUGUGUCAGCCUGGUACAAUAUGGGUAUGUCUCUGCAGAAGAAGGCGGCUGAAGACAGACUUGCCAGUACCGGCUCUGGUCAGUCCUUCCUGGCCCGGCAGAGACAAGCCACCAGCACACGCCGCUCCUACCCAGGCCACGUCCAGCCAGCUACCGCAAGCAAUAUCACUGCAUGACUGGCACACCAAUGAACUGGCCAAACCUGGUGUGGCCCGGCUCGGCCUGUCUUUGGCCUGCGCUUGGCCUGGCUGAGGCACGCGAUGCAUGAACUCCCUGCCUGCAUCCUGUUUGCAUGACUUUGCAUUGACUCAAGCCUGCGAAUAACCAGCGUAACUGCAGCAGCAGCAGCAGCAGCAGCAGCAUGAGCACUAACAACCCUCUGCAGUGUCAUGCAUUGUAACCUCCAGACAAGCCUGAGGAGGGAUGAGGUCAGGAAAAAAAAGCAAACCCUCACCCUCCAGCUCCCAAUUAAACUCCUUUCCACCCCUCCAGCUCCUUACUCCUCAUGUUCCUCCUGCUCUCGGCUAUCCUCUCCAUGUUCCCUUCCUCUUCCUCACUCUUCAUGGACAUGCCUGCUUGUGCUUCCACAUCAAGUCUGUUACACUUCAACCUACCAUAUGUUACAAACAGCUAGAACAGGGGCAGAAUAUUGCAGGAUAUAAUCUGUCAAUCAAGCAGUAAAUCUACUAAUAAGGCUUUUCUAUAGUACUUGUAUGUAACUUAAUGUUGGCUGGCUGCUCCAGGAUACCUCAAUGACAUAUUUUCACAUAUCUGUUUUUAUUCACAUGGUUGGAGGAGAGUUUGCAUCAGCGUGAGAAAUAUUUGAGAGGUGUAACCUGCAAACAAAUGUCUGCAUUACAAAAAAGGAGUCAGCUCGCCUUUAAGCAAUGGUUCUGCCCUGCCUCUCCUCAACAUGUUGCCAGAUGGCAUCUUAGACUGUGUUUUUAUCUAAAGUAUUAGUGAGCACAACAAGUAUUGGACUAAAGCAGAGUUUACGGGGCAUUACCACGUGCCCUGUUGGCUUUUCGACAUUUUGCAAUAGGAGCAUAGGAUGGCAAAAUAACUGUUUUUAAAUGAAUAACAUUGUUACAGAUAUGCUUUUAUACAGGAUAAAAGCCCCCAUUAGCCUACUUGUAAUGUUUCUUUAAAUGGAAUUUUAUGAGAGUGUAGCCUCUAUACUUCCAUAAAAUGCACAUUUGGUACACAUUUCUAUAAUGUCUCUAGUUAACCGCUAUGUUUAUGUUAUUUGUCUAAGUAGCAAAUAACCUGAGGUCUAAUUCAGCCAAGAGCAAUUUGACUGAAUCAUUGCCUGCAAAGUAUAAAGAAAGUAAGGGUAGGAAACUGUACAUUAGCUGACGUUGGCUAAUUUACAGUACUUACUUUUGAAAGGGCUAAGCAUUUAAAAAUGUAGAAAGGGAAGCAAUUGCAAUCUUCAAAGAUCCUGUUCAUCACAGAUAAAACCCAUUUUCAGUACACUUUAAUUCGAUACAAGCAAUCACACCAGACAGUUCCAAAUAAUCCUGCACUUGAAGAAGUUGACUGCUUAAACAUGCAGUGUUAACCACAACACAUGAGUUACACAAGACAUGUAAUAAUAUUAGUAAUAGGGAAACUUAACCUGGUGUUGCUUGAAGUUACACUUUAUAUUUUAUGUAGCUUUUUAAAACAAAUGUCUUAAAUUUUAUUUCCAGAGCUUCUGAAAAUUAUGUUACCAAUAUAAGGGUGAGAAAGACUGAAAAGAAACACCCGGACCUAAGGGUGUAUGCAUAUUACAGGCAUAAGUGCAUACAUUUUUCUAAUGAGAGAGAUGGUUGAAUCCUCCAGUUUAGUGCCUUUGUUUCGAAUAUGACAUUUUAAAAAAAAGAUAAAGAUUGGCUGGUCUUUAUAGGAGUUAAGGCAGGAAGACAUGCUGCCUGUUAAGACCAGUUUCAUUGUGUUUUUGAAAAGAGAAAAAAAUGCCUGAGAUGAGCUUUAAUCUCAUCCACAUGAUAGUUUUCCUGACAAAAAACGUGUAUUGUUUAGAUUAAGUAGGCUUAAUGAGGGCUUUUCUUCUGUUUUUUUAACAUAUUUUACUCAUAAAAUGUUAUUUUGUGUAACCUUGGUUUAAUUCAUGCCGUGCAUUUUUAUCUUAAUGGCUUAUUUAUUCUUUUGCCGCUUGUACAGCAGUGUUGUUACAUUUUUUUUUAUAUUAGUAGUAUUAUUAUAUCAUCACUCAUACUGUUACAAUUGAUGUGAAGUUUUCAUAGGACAUCAAAAUACUGUUAAAUACUUGUCUUAUGCAACAAAAGGAGGACCUGGGUUUAAAUAGUGCAGUGUUUGUCUCCAUCUAAUGAAAAUGACACAGAGGUUAUUAAAAUCAGCAUAAAGUGGAGAAAACCCCGCAUGGUUACAUUUACCUCCAGUCGUUUCAGGAAGAGAAGUUUCUUGGAAAAUGACUGUGUUAAGAAACGUGUCAUGUUUGAAAUUGAAUGUUUCCUCAUCAACAAAAAGCACAUUCUACACUUUUAAUUCACUGAAUUGUUGGUGGAUUUACUGUGACCCUACAAAUGAUCCUAUUUUCAGUAUUUUAGUGACAGCAAUGAAGACUGGGGUCAUGUUUGCGGGAAAAGGCUCAUUAGCUGUGGGUUAUGCAUGUGUGGUUGCAUUAAAAUGAAGUUAGAUUCUACAUUUGGACAUCAAAAUAAUGUUUUCCAGAAGCGAGCGGUGAAAAAAAAACAUUUGCAGUACAAACUCAGUAAAGAGAUGCCGGAUUUGUCCAGUUUCUACUUGUUUCUGUCCAGAUCUGUGUUUUGUUAACCACUUGCCAUUAACAUCAGUUUGAGCUGUAAGUUAUAUUACACAGAACUCUUUCAGCCGUCCAUCCCCAUCAGUCAUUGGUUUGGUAAGAAGUCUGUAUAUAAUGGAACACAUCCACAUCGUGGUUGGCUUGUCUAAAGUUGCAUCAGGGAUGUUGCGGAAAUCUUUUUUUUUUUUUUUUAAAUAUCUCCCUAAGAGAAAACAUAAUGUGUUGUCCCCUUUUAUCCUCCAUCGAGUCAGCCACUGUAUUUUGUUGCUUUUAUGCGUCUGUAUAUACUCAAUAUUACUGGCAAAUAAUGAGAUACUGAGGCAAAGAUUAUCGCAGGGAUUAUCACAGUAAUCGAAGCAGAAGAACUGAUUUCAGAAGCCAGCUAGUUUGGGCCAUUUUCAGACCUUAUUAAUGCAUAUUUCUGGUCAAAAAAGAAGGAAAGUUGACAUCUUGAAGUACUGUUCAAGCUAUAAUCCAAAACCUCUGCUGAAUCUUUAUGUUGGAGAACAGUUUACUGAGUGAGUAUUGCAGUAAUCUUCACAAAAAGUCAUUGUGUGUUGUAUUACUUUCAUGUCUAAGAUAACAUGAGUACUCAGUGUUCCCUAGUGUUACUUGACUGCUAAUUGCACUGUCGGCCAGUCAAAAGUGUAUUGAAGAGAUGAAACAAACAACAUGCGGCUGUUAACAGGUCAGAAUAUGCGUGCAGUGUUUGCUGUAUUUUUUUUUUUUUUUUUUUUACUCAUUGGCAAACUUUUCUUUAUAUAUCGAAGUAGCAAAUUACCUUCCAUUUGCCAAGUUUUAUAAUGCUUGUAUACGAACACACUAUGUACAUACUUUAUGUAACAGUGGUAGAGGAGGUGUUUGACCAUUUGAGAAUGACAAAAUAAAACUUGUGUUUAGUUAGAUGGAUUUCAUAUAGCAUCUGUCCGAGGAGGGCCUAUUGAUGAAAACGUGCUUCCUACACUGCAAAACUUGGAAAUUACAUUGUAAAUAAAGCUUGUAU